AAACCAGGACAGAAGGUGAUGCCUUGGCCUGGGUCCGGAGGUGUCUGACGUAGAGCCGGCCGUAACGGGCUAAUUUGGAAUGUUCUUUCCCCUGAGUGCAUGGCGUUAUCGAGGACGGAGAGUUUAUACAGCCUCAGCCGGAUUACUCCAGGUUCUUUGAAGAUGCCUUCCUACCUCUGGCCGAGGCAAUAUUUGGACGUAACUGAAGGACGGUUAGCAGCUGUUUGCCGCUUGUGUGUUUUGCGUGUAGAAGGUAGAGAACUUUGCCUAUUCAAAGACCGCUUAAGAAGAUUCGCUGUUUUGUCGUGCGCGUUUGGGGUACUUGAUGAUCUGCUUCGUGCCUUGUGUUCCGUGAUAGUUCGCCUCAGGCUCCAGUGUUUUUUCCUAGUCCUUCCUGAGAAAGCAGUUGUCCGGUUAUGUGAAGCAGAAGAUUCUGGCGGACCCCUUCUUGGGCGUUUGAUGGUUGUUGGCAAGAAGUGUACUGCUAACCUGGACCUGACCAAUGGAUUCCGGAUGGCUGUGAAUGCCCACCCUCGGGCCCUUCAGACUAUCGCCGCUGAAUAGGUUUCAUAUGUUGCCCAUCAAUCUAGCCCCUGUUGAUGUAUGAUUUUAUUUUAUCUUUUGGACGGCUGUCUGUAGAGGGUAAUAAAGAGCUUUGAGCAGCAUUUGAACAAUAAAGAUGGAGCAUGGGGAUAUCA